AGUAUAUCCAAGACGAUUGAAUGGAAAGAGUGAGACGGUGAACACAAGACACGAUGUAAAACAGUUUGCUGUUUAAAUAGUCGAGAACACAUAAGCGGCUUGCUACUACGAACUGUGCAUGUAUUUGUUGUGUGUAUACCGCAUAAAUGCAUAUACAUAGAGCCGUGCAUAUAAAAAAGUAAUUCGACUGUGAAAGAUGAAAAAGUAUCACUUGAGAAUGAACUGUCGUUCAAAGUAGACGUACAUACAAAAUUCCAAACCAAUAAAAAUCCAAGUUGAGAAAUCAAAUCCAUUUUGAUUUAAAGAAGCAAUCAUUCUUCUUCAAUUCACUGACAAACGACGUAGUUUUGCUAAAUAAAACAAAAACGUGUGAAACAUUGCGACUGUAAAUUCUUGUGCAUUUUUUUUUUCAUCUUGUUUGAAUUCAUCAUAAAUUAACAACUUUGAUGUACAAAGCAGCUGAAUCAACAAAAUGUCUAAAAACUUGAAUCAAUACGGACAAUUGUGUGAAGAAGAUUCAUGUUCAUUUGCUAACUGGAAAAGGCACACUCAUCGCACUCACGGAAAUGAAAAGAGAGUGUACCCGAAUAUUUUGCACGCUAUCGGAAGUACCCCACUUGUGAAAUUGAAUAAACUUCCAAAGGAGUUCGGACUGAAAUGCGAUGUUUACGUGAAAGUGGAAUUCUUCAAUCCGGGCGGUUCGAUCAAGGAUCGAAUUGGUUUCCGUAUGGUGGAAGAUGCCGAGGAACAAGGUCGAUUGAAGCCAGGCUGCACAAUUAUUGAGCCAACAUCAGGAAACACUGGCAUCGGUUUGGCCAUGGCAUGUGCUGUUAAAGGCUACAAAUGUAUUAUUGUUAUGCCAGAGAAAAUGUCCGACGAAAAAGUGGCUACACUGAAGAUUCUCGGUGCUCGAAUCAUUCGUACACGAACAGAAGCAGCUCACGAUGAUCCAGAUGGUUUGAUUGAAGUGGCUAAGCAAUUGAACAAGGACAUUCCGGAUUCCGUUAUUUUGGACCAAUAUGGAAAUCCAGGCAAUCCUUGUGCACACUACGAUUCAACUGCCGAAGAGAUUGUCCAACAAACCGAUGGAAAAGUUGAUAUGGUUGUGGUCGGCGCUGGCACUGGAGGCUCAAUUACAGGUAUCAGCUACAAAAUCAAAGAACAUAACCCAGAUGCUGUCAUUGUUGGUAUCGAUCCAUUUGGCUCAAUUCUUGCAUUACCCGAGACGCUCAACGAAAGCGAUGUGACUUUCUAUGAGGUUGAAGGUCUUGGUUACGAUUUUAUUCCAGAAGUAUUGCAUCGCGAGCACGUCGAUCGUUGGAUCAAGACGAAUGAUAAAACCUCUUUCACAAUGAUUCGUCAUUUGAUCCGUGAAGAAGGUAUUUUGUCCGGUGGCAGCAGUGGAGCUGCACUUUGCGGAGCCUUCAAGGCGGCCAAGGAUUUGAAAGAAGGACAGAAAUGUGUCGUUAUUUUGCCAGACGGAAUCAGAAAUUAUAUGACUAAAUUCGUCACCGACAACUGGAUGGAAGCCAGAGGAUUUAAGGAAAUUGUUAACGAACACAAUCACUGGUGGUGGAAUCACAAAGUCACCGAGCUCGCCAUACAACCGACUCAAUCAAUCGAAUUAGGCACAAGUGCCAAAGAGGCUAUCAAGUUUUUGAAAUCGAACGGAUUGGAUCGGGCACCGGUUGUAAAUAGUGAAGGAAAAUUGGAAGGUUUCCUCGCUCUAAAACACCUAACGAAAAAGGUUGUGAGUCAAAACUACCAGCUCGCUAACCCAAUUGAUAAAGCUCUUUUCAAGCAAUUCCGUCGCGUAGCAAAAGAUACCGUGUUGGGUUUGGUGUCGCGAAUUCUGGAGACCGACGAAUUUGCUGCUGUUGUUGAUGAAGCCGAUCGUCCAAUUGGCGUCGUAACACACCUCGAUUGGUUGAAUUUCAUUACAGACGACUCAAAAUUAGCCAACACAGUCGGAGCACCUGUUGCGAAAACGGUUUUCGAUGGCAGCAUUUCAGCAAUCGGAACAAAUGGAGUACAAGCAAAUGGUCAUUCAAAUGGCCUUACACACUAAUUUCACACCACCAGUUGCAAUUAAUCUCACCAGGAGAAAAAAAACACAGUAUAUUUUUCUUAAGAUCGAUAUCGUCGCCACAUUUAUAUUACGUACAAUAUUAUCUAGUUGAAAUUUAUCAUUAAUGUUUAUUUUAAAAAUGUCUUGUCGAAUGUUAAAUUAAGCUGCAUUUAGUCGGGCUGUAAUUUAAACUCCUAAUUCGAUGCUGCUUAAGCGUUUAACAAUGUUGGACCUGUUUGUAGAAAAGAACGAAAUUCCAUUUUGGAAUGGAUUUUGAUGUUGUUGCUACGAUGCUACGCGAACCUCAGAUUUAGUAACAUUGCAUUUGGAUGACUCGCUCUUCCGUGGCCACCUUUCGUGAUUUCCAAACAAAUUCACACACAGCAAUGACGCAAGCUACCCCCAUGCCACCCAUCAAUACUACAAACACACCACCAACAUUUGCCAGACCCAAUUCGUUUGCAGUUGAACUCGAUUUUGAUGUGUCGUCCUUCAAAUUAUUGAUGAUUUUUUUUAAUCCAUUUAUUUUUUUAAAAUUAAUGAAAUGCAAUAAAUUUCAAUUCUUACGCGACAAGAA